CCACACCGUGAAAUGUGUUGUCCAACAGCCAAACUGUCUUUGGGAUUUAAUUAUUGUUGUUACACUAAUUGUCUUAAAGGGCGACAACUUGCGAUAAGACGCGAUGGACUUUGACAUCGUCUGAACACUUGAUGAGAAGUUUGUGUAACAGGUCUAUGGCUGCCAGUACUUUGAAGGUCCCUGCAGCAGACGGCUUUGUAAAGCCAGGAUUUGAACACGUUCAAGAUGUUUUUAGGCAGACCAUUGAAGAAGGAAUAGAGCGAGGUGGAAGUUUUGCAGCAUACUUUCAGGGAGAGCUUGUGGUGAAUCUUUGGGGUGGGUUUGCUGAUGAGGAGGCUCGAAGACCUUGGAAAUAUAACACAGCAAGUGUGUUCUAUUCUACAACAAAGUCUCCAUCUGCUGUGGUAAUAGGUCACCUGGUUGACAGGGGAUACCUAGAUUAUGAACAGCCAAUCAGCAGGUACUGGCCAGAAUAUGGACAGAAUGGAAAAGAGAAAACAACAUUAAAACAACUGCUUUCCUUGAAGUCAGGGGUGCCUGUUCUUUCAGACCCUUUUAAGCUAAGUCUUAUUCGUGAUGACCCUCAACAGCUGGAAAGCAUUUUAGCUCAGCAAACUCCUUGGAAAAUGGGAGAUGAAUUCUAUGCAUACAGUCCAGUUGCCAUAGGUCUGUAUCUAGACCAGAUUGUACGAAAAGUUGACCCACUUAAAAGAAACUUGAGCCAGUACUUUCAAGAAGAGAUUGCAAAACCCUUUGGCGUUGAUUUUCACAUCGGGAUUUCCAAACCAGCUUACUGGAGAGUUGCACGACCAGUAGUGACAGUGAGAGGCCAGGCUUACAAAAAAUAUAUUCAACAAAUGGCUGCUAACCCAGACUUAGACAUAAACCUCCUGCUGCUCUCCCAGUCUCAGCCUAUUGAUUUUCAACGUAACUCAUUGAUUCACGAUCCUGAUUUCAUGGAGCUUCCUGUGGGUUCUACCCAUGGUGUAGGCUCAGCUGAGGGAAUGGCAAAACUGCAUGGCAUUUUGGCAAAUGGUGGCUUGCUAAGAGGACAGUGCCUCUUAUCUGCCCAGACACUGAAGCUGAUGCAAACUCCACUAUCUAUGGGGACAGAGAAACAUUUUGGGCAGGAGAUGUUUUACAGCUAUGGGAUGACUCUGCUGCCUGUGUUGGAGGGCAAUGAGGUGAAGUAUAACUUUGGUCAUGGUGGUUUUGGGGGUCAGUUUGCAGCAUCUGAUGUCCAGCACAAAACAGGUUGGGCCUAUGUGACCAACUAUCUAGACCCAACUAUCAUGGUUACAGGAAACUGCAAGUGGCAAAAACUGGAGGAAGCUCUGUUCAAAUGUGUGCAGAAAGUGAAAGGAAUAAAUCUUCCUCGCAAACAUAUCUUGAGUGCCAGAGACUUACAGAAUACAUUAAAAAGUAGUCUUUGAUCAUAGACUUAUCUUAGUGUACAGAUGUAUGAUCAUUACAAGCAAAAUUCAUGUGAUGAAGAAUUUUGACAACAGAUUUGAUUUAUAAAACAAAAACAAAUAAAUGCUUUAAAUUAAUUAUUAGGUGUCUUAUUUUAGUUUUAUUUCAAAUAUAUUUGAUUGCAUAUUUUCUAGACAAAGGUGGGCUCAAAGCAAUUUACAUAAUCAUUUGUAAGUAAAAGAGCAUAUGAGCACCCACCUUAGGAUACAUCAAAUGCGCCUUCAUAUAUGUGUGUACAUGCAUGCACACAAAAUGGAGGAAAUUACAGUAACUGGAGAAAAUUAAUGAUAGUCAGCCAUAUGAAAAACUACAUCAGAAAGACGUACGUGCUUCAGUCCGGAAAUCCAAACCCAUAACACCUAAUUCUCACAGCACCACUAAUUCCCCGUGCAGAAGAUAUAAAGACUGGUGAAUCUUCCAUCAAGCUGUUCUUUUCACCCUUUCAUUCUCCCAUCCCUCUUCUCUAGAAUAAGAUAUGUGCAUCAAAUUUUGACAAAGUAUUUUUGUUUCCUUCCCUGCUUCCUUUCCUCCUCCUAAAAAAAAUAAAGAUGGUUAACUAUUUCUUACAUACAUUUGAUCAUUACCUGUAAUAUCACAGUAAUAUAUAUUUAUCAGGAAUGAAAUGUAACAUUAUUAGGACGAUUAAAUUCUUAAAUGCAAAUUUUUUUUGCAUGAAAGACUCAUUAUGUCUUUUGACUCAAUAAAGUAAAUUGGAUUGAA